AUGGCCACACGAGCAGGAGUCAACAAACGACGCAUCUCCCAAGUCAUGACCAACGUCAACGACAUACCUUCCCUAAGUUUCAUGGAAGAUCUAUUUGGUGAAGAAUUCCCAGAGGCAUUCGGCACUGGCGAGAUGAAGAAACGCAAGACCAUUCUGGAUCUGCCGGCUGAGCUAUUGGCCAUCAUCUGCGAAGAGCUUUCGAGGCCAGACAUCAAGAGACUACGACUGGCGAACACGUAUAUGGCCAGGAAUGUGGAUCUUCGCAUCGAUCGCGUCUUCAUCUCGCCCAAUCGUGCGAACUUGCAAUGUCUGCGGAAGAUUAUGGACCAUCCUCGGUACAGGUUGGAUGUUUUGGAGGUAGUCUGGGACGAUGCGCAACUAGACGAGUAUCCGGAUUUGGAAAGUUUCUGUAAAGCUAUUGAGGCAGACGAAAAGGAUCAGCGGAGAGAGACGGAGAAGAUGCUGAAAGAGCUCAUACUAUUCAAUUGCGAAGACCGGGGACAGUACAUGGCGCAUGAGCACGAUGGCUAUUUUGACGAAGACGGGAAACUCACAGAAAUGGCAAGUGAGAUAUUACUGCGGUAUGAUAAUCAAUCAGCGAGGCAUGUCAUUGGGCGACAUGCGGGGGCCGUGAGCGUUGAUGAGAGUUAUGAAAGAUAUCAAGAGCUGUAUGAAGAAGAGCAGGAAGCCAUGGAGCGAGGGUACGAUGCAGCAGCACUUCGACACGUACUGGAAAGCUGUCCAAAAUUGGAGAGGAUUGUGUUGACGAGUGAGGUCUGGAGACCAUGGCAUCUCCAACCCGUGUACCACACACCCUUCCAUCGUUCACUACCACCCGGCUUCCGCAAACCAUCCGUAUGGCCAUGGCUUGGCUACAGGCCACAUAGCACAUCAUCUCAGACUGCCCAUCGAAACGACACCAUGUCGCGUAAAAUCCAAGACCCCAAAGCGUCUCUCCCCCACGAGUUCCGCGGUUACAGCACUAUUAUCUCCUCCCUACUCACCGCCCCCAACCCAACCAUAUCCGACUUCAUCAUCUACACUGGUCACGAAGCUAUCGGCAUAAGCCACCAGCUCUUCGCUGCCCCCAACCUCGACCUCACAAACACCAUGCUGAUGGCCCGCUCCAUCCCCCUGAAGCGCCUCCAACUCACCCUCAACUCCCACGGCUCCCACCUCGAACGCAACAACACUGCGCACUACCUGCGCUCCCCGCACCUCCACGCCUUUCUGUCCGCCCUCACACAUCUCGAGCAUCUAGACCUCGCGCCCAACUGCUCCACCCGCCGCUCAGACGUUCCCGAUGUCAUAGACACCGUGUUCGGCCCGGGCAUCAGCAUCCCCGCCGCGCUGUUGCCGCGCCUGAAAACCUUCGCACUCCGCAACGCGCUCCUAUCCGCCUCCUCGCUCCUCUCCCUACUCACUCCGCAAACUUCCUCCCAGCACAUCACACUCGACAACAUCCGCUUCUCCGACGGCGCGUUUCCCGACUUUGCGCGCAGUUUGUGGAUGCAUUAUGAUCGGCACGUCGAUGUUAGCAGGCCGGUGUACGAGCUUGUUGUGUGUGAGCGCUGGGGGAGGAAGACGAGGCUGUGCGAGGAGUUUUGCGCGUGGCUGUAUGCUGGGGAGAUUGGGGAUGAGAGCGUGUUUGGCGAGGGCGUGGGGUGGGUCAUGGAUGAUCGGGAUGAGAGGGUGUGUGUGGGGAAGGGGGAGUGGGUGAGGAGGAUGGGGUGGGUGGGGUAG